GUAAAUUCGAUUCUCUACAUUCAUUGUUUAUCGAACUUCUCUUAUUUUUGUUCUGAUCGAUGAUGGCUCGUUUAUAAGAAUUAAUUUAUAAUCGGUAGAAAAUGUUUAAAAAUAGGCGUUAUGUAUAUGACUUUGAUUUAGAUGAAUUAAUUUCACAGGAAAUGUUCAACAUAUGAGAAAUUUAAUUUGGAUGUGUUUUUCUUCUAUUUUUGUUUUCAAUUGGGUUUCCAUAGCUUUAUGAUAUAAGCAUUCAAUAAAUUUGGUUUCCAUUACUUUUAGAUUGAUUAAAGCUAAAGUGUUCUCUUAUUCCCUUAAACUAAAAUUUAGUAAACUCUCAUCUGAGGUUGAGGUAAUGUGGUUGUAAUCUCAAAUUUGGUUUCUCUUUUUCGUGUGAGGUUAGUGGCUUGGGGCAGAGCAAGAAGCCAAUUUGAUUCUUGUUAUGAUUAGGGUUGAUGUUCUAAACUUGAUGUGUACAUUUAUACAAUGGGUUGCUUUUAAGAGGGGGGUAUGUUAUUCUUAUCUAUACUCCAUGAGGUAUUCUUUUAAGAUGUGUCAAUUUAAAAGGUGUUAACUUCUGUCUUAACAAGAGAAAGUUUGGGGCAAUUAUGACUAUGAAUCUUUGGAUUUAGAAUUAAAUUCAAGGAAGAGUUGUGUGAUUCUCUUUACCAGGUAGCUAAUGCUGCUAAUUAAAUUCCCAAAGCUAUUAGCAGUAAACACGUCCAUUCAUUGGAAUUAUUCCUCCGGAAAUCUAACAGGCGGAAAAAGCACCAAACAGCCACUUAGUGAAGAAAUGUAUUCACACCAAGAGUUUGAGUGUUUUCUUGGCUGAUUUAUGCGUUUGAUUUCUAAAAUCUUCAUUCUGAGGACAAAUUCACCUUCUAAAGGAAACUAAGAGCUACUUUUAUGUUUAAUUCCAGGGUAAGUGUUUUUGAAUUAUAUAUACUUGGCAUGUACCUAGGUUUUGAUAAUUGGUUUGGGGUUAGUUGGGUGUGAAUGGCUGUUACCUCUGAAGAGCUUAGUAGAGAAAACCCAAUUGAUCCAUCCCCUUUGCUCAUGGAGGGAGGAGAAAAUUGUCAAAAGGAAGAACACAUCAUUAAUAUAGAACGUGUGGGUGAUGCUUCAUCAUCAGAUUCUUCUGAUUAUGAAACUCCACAUGGACUGAGUCCACCUCAUCAUGAAGAUAGGCCUUCAUCUUCAUCAACUCGUUCAAAUUCGCAAAGUCCCAUGGUCACAAGGAGAGGUGAAGGAUUAGGUCGCCAUUUGAGCCCUUUUAAUAUCUUAUUGUGGAUGACCAUUGAGCUCUCUUUCACUCUAGGAAAAAUCAUAGCCGCCAUUGUUGUAUUAUCCAUAUCAAGGCAUGAAAAGCCGCGAACUCCAUUGUUUGCUUGGGUUGUGGGGUAUGCGGUUGGGUGUGCUGCAAGUCUUCCUCUCCUGUAUUGGCGUUAUCACCAUCGUGGUCAGGCCACUGGACGGGGGCCGGCUCAAGGUUCACGCAGAGUUAGUUCCACAUCGGAUCCCAACUCUUAUAUUACAUUCUCCUUGACCCAGUCUUCUGAGGAUGAAGGUGGCCAUAAUGCAACUGAUAACGAUGAAGCUCGAAAUGCAAGGAUUGUUGCAUUUACGAGCCACUUCAAAAUGGCAUUGGAUUGCUUCUUCGCGGUUUGGUUCGUUGUUGGAAAUGUUUGGAUCUUUGGUGGGCAUUCCUCCUCCUCUGAUGCUCCUAAUUUGUAUAGGUUAUGUAUAGUUUUCCUCACCUUUAGUUGUAUCGGGUAUGCCAUGCCUUUCAUCUUGUGUGCAAUGAUAUGUUGCUGCCUUCCCUGUAUCAUAUCAUUCCUUGGUGUUCGUGAAGAUAUGAAUGGAAUGAGGGGGGCAACUGAAGAAUGUAUUAAUGCUCUGCCCACUUAUAAGUUCAGACCAAGGAAAAAUGGAGAGAAUGGAUCUGGUGCUGAAGGAGCCGGUUUUUUGGAAGCUGGUAUGGAUAAGGAACGAUCCAUAUCUGGUGAAGAUGCUGUUUGUUGUAUAUGUCUGUCUAACUAUGAGGAGGACGAUGAGGUCAGGGAGUUAACUUGCUCCCAUUUCUUCCAUACAGAAUGUGUGGAUAAGUGGUUGAGAUUAAAUGCAUCCUGCCCGCUCUGCAAAUGUGAGAUUGGAGCUGAAAGUGAAAACUCUCCAUCCGCAGCUGAAGUUAUUCAACAAGUGUGAUGUGAUAAAUGCUUCAAGAGAUCUUGAAAACCCCCAUUACUUCAACAAGUGAAGCAGUCUUGUGGUGAUUGGUAAGACAAUGGCAAUAUUACCCUUGGCAUUUCAUUACUGCUGCUUAAAUUCUUGUGAAGAUAACUACUUUAAAGAAAGGCCAGAUUUUAAUCCUAAAUUUUCAAUGGACAAAUAUGAAACACUAAUAUUUCCAAAAGAGUGACCAAAGACUAAAUUUGCUCAACUAAUUCUAUCGCUUUCUUUUUUCUCUCCCGCAAAAAUCUCUCUCAACUAUUGCAAUGACAGUGAAAUGCCUCUAAUGCUGGGCACCGAAAUUCUCUCUGGAAAGUCAUCGCAAAGGACAGUGACAUGUUGUGGAGGUGACACUAGCAGUGGCCAGUGGCAGUUGAAAGUGACAUGCCAAAAGGGGCAUAUUUAGUCUCUGCUGUGCAAAUUAAAGUAGUUGCAUUUGUUUUCAUGUUGGAGGAGGAGAACCUCCUCCUUUGUUUAGCUGAUUAAAAGAUUUAUUGAUUUAUUUAUUUAUGUCAAAGGUGAUUGAAGGAUGCAGGGAAGCUUACGGUGGCAGAUUUCCCAGUAGAGAGGUGUCACUGCUUUGCUAUUUUCAUGUGUUACUACUUGUAACUUGUAACUUGUAAGUGAUAGAAACCAGAUAACAGUGAGGGGUAAUUAGGGAAAAAGAAUUGGUAUGGUGUAAGUUAUGUUUUAUAUUUAUUUUUUUGGAAUGAAAUAAG